GCUCGCGGGACGGCCGGACGCGGCGCCGCCUCAUCCCGGGCCGGGCGCGCGGGGCCGAUGCUCUGAGCGGCCCGGACCCCGGCCUGGACCCAGACCCCGACCCCCACCCCACAGCGCCUACCCCGCGGCCGGCAGCACCAUGUGAAGGGCGGGCCGGCGCCCCGAGCGCGUGAAGAUGGGGGAUGCUGCAGACCCCCGGGACGGGAGGAGGACGUUCAUUGUUCCAGCCAUCAAGCCCUUCGACCACUACGACUUCUCCAGGGCCAAAAUCGCCUGCAAUCUGGCCUGGCUGGUGGCCAAGGCCUUCGGGACAGAAAAUGUGCCAGAGGAACUUGGAGAGCCAUUUUACACAGACCAGUACGACCAGGAGCACAUCAAGCCGCCUGUUGUUAAUUUGCUUCUCUCGGCCGAGCUGUACUGUCGCGCUGGGAGCCUCAUCCUCAAGAGCGACGCUGCAAAACCCCUUUUGGGCCAUGAUGCUGUCAUCCAGGCUUUAGCACAGAAAGGUCUUUAUGUCACUGACCAAGAAAAAUUGGUAACAGAACGCGAUCUCCACAAGAAACCCAUACAGAUGAGUGCUCACCUGGCCAUGAUGGACACCCUCAUGAUGGCUUACACCGUGGAGAUGGUCAGCGUGGAGAAGGUGGCCGCGUGUGCUCAGCAGUACUCGGCUUUCUUCCAAGCCACAGAUCUGCCCUAUGACAUCGAGGAUGCCGUCAUGUACUGGAUAAAUAAGGUAAAUGAACAUUUGAAAGACAUAAUGGAACAAGAACAGAAAUUGAAAGACCACCACACAGUGGAAGCUUCAGGAGGUCAAAAGGCUCGUUAUAGGAAAGAGCAAACAUUGCUUAAGCAACUGCCUUGCAUUCCGUUGGUAGAAAAUUUGCUGAAAGAUGGCUCGGAUGGCUGUGCGUUAGCUGCCCUUAUUCAUUUUUACUGUCCUGGUGUUGUCAGAUUAGAAGAUAUUUGCUUGAAAGAAACCAUGUCUUUGGCUGAUAGCCUCUAUAAUCUGCAGCUGAUUCAAGAAUUUUGCCAAGAAUAUUUGAACCAGUGUUGCCAUUUCACCCUGGAAGACAUGCUCUAUGCUGCCUCCUCCAUAAAGAGUAACUACCUGGUGUUCAUGGCGGAGCUCUUCUGGUGGUUUGAGGUCGUGAAGCCCUCCUUCGUCCAGCCCCGCGAUGCUUGUCCGCAAGGAGCUGAAGCUGUGGACGAUCUGCCCUCAGUUCCUGUCUUAAAUGCUGCCCAGAGAAACGCCUUGGACAGCUCUGACUUCACCCCAAGUGGGGAAGGAGCUGCGCUUACACACUCUUGCCUUCAUUUGCCUUCUAGACGCUCACGUCCCCAAGCUCAUCCUUCAGCCUCAGGAGGAAUAAGAAGGUCUUCAUCUAUGUCCUAUGUUGACAGCUUCAUAGGGACAUGGCCGAAGGAGAAAAGAUCAUCAGUGCAUGGCGUUUCAUUUGAUAUUUCUUUUGAUAAAGAAAGUAGUAUACAGAGAUCCACUCCAAACCAAGGAAUCACUCGUUCUAUUAGUAAUGAAGGACUUACUCUGAACAACAGUCGUGUAUCCAAGAACAUUAGGAAAAAUUUGUCCUUCAAGCCAGUAAAUGGGGAGGAGGGGGCAGGAAGCAUCGAAGAGGAACUUCACGUGGGCUGUCACGGCGACCUGACGGCCUACGUGCCCCUGAACACAGACGCACUAGAUUCUAAGCAGAACGUGCAUCACAGGCUUCCGAAUGGAGCCCUGCAGAACAGAGUGCUUCUCGAGGAGUUUGGCAGUCAGGUCGGGACCCCCAGCAUCGAAGAAGCGCUGCAGAUAAUCCACGACACUGAGAAGCCUGCCCACACCCCUCGGCCGGACCAGCUCGCCAACGGCUUCUUCCUCCACAGCCAGGAGGUGGGCGUGCUGCACUCCAGCGUCCCGCGCGGCCAGUCCAGCCCCGAGAGCGUGGCGGACACGAAAGGUGCCUCGAGCCCCGUCACUGACAACACGGAGGUGGACACGGGGAUCCACGUCCCUUCAGAAGACAUUCCGGAAACUAUGGAUGAAGACUCUUCCCUGAGAGACUACACCGUGAGUCUGGACUCUGACGUGGACGACGCGUCCAAAUUCCUCCCAGACUACAACCCCAGAGAGGCCCCGAGUCCCUGUCCCAGCACCGUCAGCACCAGGUCCCAGCCCGGUAGCAGCGCCUCCUCCAGUUCCGGCGUGAAGAUGACCAGCUUUGCCGAACAGAAAUUCAGGAAGCUGAAUCACACCGACGGAAAAAGCAGCGGCAGCAGUUCUCAGAAGACCACGCCGGAGGGCUCGGAGCUCAACAUCCCUCACGUGGUGGCCUGGGCCCAGACCCCAGAGGACACGGGCCUUCCGCACGGCCGGGACACCACGCAGCUGCUGGCCUCCGAGGUGGUGCAUCUCAGGAUGAAGCUGGAGGAGAAACGGCGGGCCAUCGAGGCCCAGAAGAAGAAGAUGGAGGCCGCGUUCACCAAGCAGAGGCAGAAGAUGGGGCGGACGGCCUUUCUCACCGUGGUGAAAAGGAAAGGGGACGGCACCUCCCCGCCCCGGGAGGAGGCAGCCGGCGCGGAAGACGGGAAAGUGUACGCGGAGCGGCCGCGGGAGAAGGAGCCGCAGAAGGCGAACGGGCCGAGGAGCGGGUCCCCGGCGGACCCCAAGGAGGGCGCGGAGAGCCCCGUGGGCAAGUGGCCGCCGUCCCCGAGCGCGCCCGGCGACCCCGAGGGGCCGUGGAGCCCGGGCGGCCCCGCGGAGGAGCCGCCGCAGGACGGCGAGCUGCUGGAGCACACGCGCUCCAUCGAGAGGCUCAACGCCUCCCUGCUCGUCCUGCAGCGGGAGAUGCAGCGCCUGGCGCUGCAGCAGGAGCUGCUGAUGCACAUGCGCGAGCAGCAGGCCUGGGUCAUCUCCCCGCCCCCGCCCUCUCCGCACCGGCCGGCCCGCGCAGGGAAGCCCCACCGGCCGCCGGCCGACUCCCCCCGCCCCGCGCACCCGUCUCCGCAGCCCGCUGGCCGGAAGAGCGCCUCCUUCUCCGUCAAAACUCAGAGGACUCCCAGGCCAAAUGAAUUAAAACUCACGCCCUUGCACCGAACGCUGACGCCCCCUCGGUCUGUGGACAGCCUCCCUCGGCUCAGGAGGUUCUCCCCGAGUCAGGUCCCCAUUCAGACCAGGUCCUUCGUGUGCUUGGGGGGCGGCGGAGAGCCGGAAGCGAAGGAGUCCAGACGCAAGGAGGGAGCGGAGGAGGAGGAGGAGGAGGAGGAGGAGGAGGGGGGAGAGGGGUCCACGGGCCCUCGGGAGCAGCGUGGACACAUCCCGGAGGACGAGGAGGCGCGGGCCCUGCCCUCUGCGGCUCCCGAGGGCCCGGCGCAGCCCGCCACGGAGACGGCGUGGCCCACCCUGAGCGAGGACUGCGUGAAUCACCCUGCAGAACCUCCUUCCAGACCUGCUUUCCCACCUCCUCCUAAAAGUGCUAAUCUGAUUGAAGUCUCCCUCUCAGAUUUGAAAGCCCCUGAAAAGGCUGAUGUAUCUGUUGAAAAAUAUGAUGGAGAAAGUGAUAAAGAACAAGCUGAUGACGACCAGAAAGUAUGCUGUGGAUUCUUCUUUAAGGAUGAUCAAAAAGCAGAAAAUGAUAUGGCAAUGAAACGGGCAGCUUUGUUGGAGAAACGAUUAAGAAGGGAGAAAGAGACCCAGCUGCGGAAGCAACAGCUGGAAGCUGAGAUGGAGCACAAGAAAGAGGAGACCAGGCGUAAAACCGAGGAAGAACGUCAGAAGAAGGAAGAUGAGCGAGCCCGCCGGGAGUUCAUCCGGCAGGAGUACCUGAGGCGCAAGCAGCUGAAGCUCAUGGAAGACAUGGACACGGUCAUCAAGCCUCGGCCUCAGGGAGCAAAGCAGAAAAAGCAGCGGCCAAAGUCUAUCCACAGAGACCACAUUGAAUCCCCCAAAACACCCAUAAAAGGUCCUCCAGUCUCUAGCCUUUCUUUGGCGUCACUGAACACAGGCGACAGCGAGAGUGUGCAUUCAGGCAGGAGGACCCCGAGAUCAGAGUCUGUAGAAGGCUUCUUAUCUCCAAGCCGGUGUGGCAGUAGAAAUGGCGAAAAGGACUGGGAGAACGCUUCGACCACUUCUUCUGUGGCUUCUGGAACAGAGUACACAGGACCAAAGCUCUUCAAAGAACCCAGUGCAAAAUCCAAUAAGCACAUAAUACAAAAUGCUUUAGCUCAUUGCUGUUUGGCUGGAAAAGUAAAUGAAGGUCAGAAGAAAAAAAUACUGGAGGAAAUGGAGAAGUCAGAUGCCAACAACUUCCUAAUCUUGUUCCGAGAUUCAGGCUGCCAGUUCAGGUCUUUGUACACUUACUGCCCAGAGACUGAAGAGAUUAAUAAGCUGACGGGGAUAGGCCCUAAAUCUAUCACUAAAAAGAUGAUCGAGGGCCUUUACAAAUAUAAUUCUGACAGGAAACAGUUCAGCCACAUCCCCGCUAAAACUUUAUCUGCCAGUGUUGAUGCAAUUACCAUUCACAGCCAUUUAUGGCAGACCAAGAGACCAGUGACGCCCAAGAAACUUUUACCCACUAAAGCAUAGGAACCGGGAGAUAUUUGCUUCAGAACAUUCAUGCUAAAUUUGCACUUCAUCUUUCCUGCCUAUAGAAGACCUUUCUAAUUGCCAACAGACUUUUAUUAAUUGAAACUGGACAUCCAGCUCUGUUGUCAUGACAACUGGAAUGUAGACCGCAGUGUUUGGAGUGCAGGAGACUCACCUGGGUGAUAGGCCAGGCGGUGACACGCUGUCCGGCUCACAGGUGGAGGUUCGCCUGCUUGGUAUUCGAUACAUCGAAGCACUGAGUUCUCAUGGACACUAGUUGAAAUACGGCUAAGAUAACGAAUUGUGUGUUUUGUUUGUUGCUUUUUUUAAAAAACUUUUUAAUGUACAUGCCUGUCUUCAGAUGGUUUAUUUUGCUGUUUUUCUCUCCUGGGGGUUUGUUCCAAGAUACCUUUGUAUUUUGUUUCAUGUGGAGAUCAUGCGAGUAGGAAAUAGGCCUUCAGAGGUAACUUGCGUCGUUCCUACGAUGCUCAGAGAAACACUAGUGUUUAGUUUUACAGUAACCCUCAUGUUUUAAUGGUGUUAGAGCAUUUGCAAGAAUUAUUCUGCUAAGUAUUUACAAUUCCAUAUUUAUUAUUCACUCAAGUAUUAAUGUUUCUCUAUUAAAUAAGAGGAGAAGUUGUGAAGAGCUGCUAUAGGUUCACUUAAACCCCAUGAGCUUAACCAAGAAGAUGUUAUAAGAAGUUGCUGAUUAAAUCAGUGCUGUUUUUACACCACUUCUGGCCAACUCAGAAUAAUUUGGAUUAUUCUUUUAACAAAAAGGCUUUCUAUCUCUUUUAAAGUAUGUCACUUUAUAAGCUGGCGGAAGUGAAGGACACUUGGAGAAUAGUCUCGGAAUCUGAGGAUGUAAGACUUCCUGCCAUGAGUUCUCAAGAGGUCUUUACAUUAUAUUUAUAACUGAUAUAAAAAAUUAUAUUUAGAAUUUUUAAACAUGUACAAAGGGCUACAUUUUAAUUUUAAAAUAGCUUCACAUUCUUUUGCUUAUGUUGAGUUUUUCUUCUUCUUUAUCCUUUUCAAGUGGUUCAGCUUAGAUUAAGUACACACUUGAAAUCUUCUCUAUGUGGUCUUUGUUCCUUUAACAGUGUAUACCAGAGGGUUAGUUGGGGAAAAACUUCAUUCUCAGGAAAAGACUUGAAUGAUUCUGUGACCCUGUUAUGUUUCAGUGUUGUGACAACCGUGUAAACUUAGAGGGAAAGACAGUAUUGUAGCAUAUAUGAGAUGUGUAGUCUGUUUUCUUUCACGGGAAGUAGAGACUAAAAUAUAUACAUUUCUCUAAUUGAGUUGUUUAGAGAAAUAACUAAUAUCUCAUAUGAUGUAUUUACUUAUUUUUUAAAAAGAGUAGGAAUGAGAUGUCCCUGAACUGUACUUUUCUAUUAUUAUAAGGCCUUUAGGCAUCAGUGCAUCUGGGUUAUCAACAUUUUCUCAAAUGCUGUCAAUAUUUUACUGUAAUUUAUGUUCUUAUAUUUAUGUAUAUUUGUUAAAACUGUAAAAAAAAAUUUCACAGAUUUUUUCCAGUACCUGUGCAAGAUAUAUGUGUAGCUCAGAAUUAUUUGUGAUCUACUGUUUGCAUGUAAGAGACCAGGAUAUAUGUAACUCUUAUAUUUUAAGUGUAUACAUAUUGUGUAUAUAAUAUAUGGAGAUUUAAACUGGGGGACUGCACAUUUUACCUUUCAGACAACCGUUUCUAUCACAAUGAGAAGGAAAUGAUUGUCAAAUACAUGUUUAGAUUGACUAGUUUAAAAGAAAAAAAUAGUAAGUGAAUCUAAUCAAAAUGUGGUAAAUAAUAGAGAGUCAAAAGGAGAAUUAAUAAGCGUUCUACAUUACUAAAUUUGUUCUUUUCAAUCAAUUAAAUUUCCUUUAUCAAAGCAAUCUUCUUGGUGAUAUUACUUGGCCAUUAAAUUUUUUUUAAUUGGCUGCCAGACAAUGGAGGAACUAUGUAAAAUCAGACAGGACCACCCUUUAUUCUCAAAUUCGUGUGUGUCCAACAAUGUCCAUGAUGUCUAAAGGUAGAAUGUGAAUAUUGCCACAGAAUUUCCUUGCUCUCAGUAUGAUUGUUUUACUUUCUUCAUGCAGAAAGAAUAUGGAUAUGUUUAAGUCUGCAGAUUUUUUUUAAAUUAUGUUUUUAAAAUUAUACAAAUGAAAAUUAUGCUAUUGCAUAAAGUCUGGAGAUAUUCAUCGACCUUAUUGAAACACAUUGGUGCUUCUCAUCAUUGGAGGGUCACAUUAUUAGGAUAAUUAUUUAGUUCAGUUUGCCAAACAAACUUGUAAUGGUUACCAGUGUGGCCUGUCAAAUUCUGCCAUGUGACAGCUUUGGAAAGCUUUUCAUUCCUCUCGGCUCUUCCAUUUUGCUUUAGAAUGACUGUUACAGUUUUUAUUUGGCUAUUUUUAAAGCCAAGUUCGGCUUUUUAGUUGUGGUUUCAUGGACACUUGGGGCGGUGUACAGUGUCUGGUGUGCUUACUGUCUGCUCUGGAGCAUUGCUUACAGGUUUUUUUAACGACGCUGUGCUGUAAAAUACUGUCAUAUUUGCUACUUCCUGGUACAGUGUAGUUUUUCCCCUUUCAUUUGAAUAAAAGCAUGGCACCAAAUGACCUUUUCUGUUUCUUGAAUAAAAUACGGGUUUUCUGGUAAUAUAUUCG